AUGUCUAUCAAAAAGACCCCGUUCGCCAUAUCCGUCCCCAGAUCUGACAGGCUUGCCACGCGCCCCUCGCGGUGCACGAAAAUGAGCCUAUCGUUCUCAACUACUCGAGACACCAUCUGGGCUUCCCCUCUACUGCCACUUGAGAGAUUAUACUCACUGUGGCAUGGGCUUCAGAGCUCGUACGCGGCGCUCCCGCAAAGUGUCUGUAUUCCUGCAGGGAUUCAGAUGACACCUCUUACGCAUAAAGCUCCGAUCGACCCAAACCAGCAUGACAAGUGA